CCCUGCACUCACACUGCAGAGUAUGGAGCAAGCCACGCAUUUAUUCACCGCUAAGUCGUGGUGGUGGACUAGUACUGCAGCUACCUGCCAGCAAUGGAUGAGAGCUGCAGCGGCAAGAAGUGGAGGAAAGGGGAUCCCCAUCAACGGCCGGAGCAGAUGAGCGACAUGGCCGCGCCGGCGGCGGGCAUCAGCGGCAUCAUCGACCCGGAAGUUCUCGACUGCACCAUCUGCUUCGACCCCCUCCAGCCUCCGGUCUUCCAGUGCGCCGUUGGGCAUGUGAUCUGCUCACCCUGCCAAGGCAAACUCAUAAACAAGGAGAACUGCAACACGUGCUCCCUCCCCGGCGGGUACAACCGAUGCUACGCACUCGAAAAAAUCCUGGAGUCCCUCCGCAUCCCUUGCGCCAACGCCGCGUACGGGUGCACCGUGAAGACGCACUAUCACGAGGUGGAGGACCAUGGCAAGUCAUGCCCCCACGCGCCAUGCUUCUGUCCGGAACCUGGCUGCAACUUCGCCGGCUCCACCGUUGCACUCCUGGCUCAUCUUACCGGCGGUCAUAUGUGGCCAUCCACCGAGUUGGAGUACAAUGUUAAGCUCACACUGGAGGUGAAAGCAGGAGUGCAUGUUCUCCACAGGCGAGACAGGAGUCCCUUUUUCCUCGUGAAGUUCACUCCGGCGCCGCCACCUUACGGCAGCGCCGCCUCAGUUUUGUGCGUAGAUCCUGAUGCCACCGCCACCAUGGAGAAGGGGCGCAAGUUCAGGUGCCAACUUGGCUCGAGCAACGUCGACAUGGAUUGGCAGCAAUAUUCGCGUUUCCAGGUCAGGAGCACCACGCUCUCCGACGGGUGGCCACCGACAGAGGACGGCGGUUCCCUAUAUGUUGCACCCAGCACCGAGAGCAUCACUGUCAGUAUCACGAAGAUAAUGCGCGACAUAUGCUCAUUGCCUGCCAGGAAAAACAUCAGGUCACAGCAGCUAGAGCACUUCUGCAAAAGAAAGUCGAGCAACCCUGAUGCGAAGACCUUCAGUCAACCGCGGAUGGGAGAAUCUACAAAAAAGCAACAUAUCAGUACGAUGUAGACUGUAGACUUGCAGCUAAAACACACAAUGUGCUGACAGCUCCACAAUGAUUUCGACCUUCUAAGAUCCCGCCAUGGAUCUGUGGUGUGCACUACACCUUAUGCUAACUAUUGAUUCCGCCUCAAAUUUAGACUGGGCAGCGAAAACGCACGAGCUGGUCUUUCAUGGUACGUGACAGUACCAUGCAUGCACAACACCUUAUAUAUACCUCGAAACCUGAUCUCUACAAGGUGAACACAAAAACAAAUUUCUAGUUCAAUCAGCAUUCCCCUUCGGUUCAGUAGUCAUGUGGUAGAGAUGUAUGUGUGUGUGUGACUAAUUAAUUUUAGUAAUCCGUAAUUCAAGGUAUGAACUGUGUGUUUCAAGGUAAUCGCAGGCAAUGAAUGUAUGACCAUUGUAAAGUUUGUUCUAAUAACUGCUACUGCAUUUACAAGGAAAACACUGUAUAUGGUGCUGUUACAACCCUGUUCAGGAGAUGGUGCAUAUAUAUCAAAACAAGCACACCAUGUAGAGUGAUUCCAGGUAGACAGAAUAUUUUUUUCAAUAGAAAGUCUGGUUUCAUGAUCGCUCGCCAAACAGAGUAGAGGUCAUUUACCAGAUUCCAUGCAGGACGAUUCUUCAGGCAAUGAAAUUACAUACUUUGCUUCAGCUUGCUGAACACCAGAAUCCCAACAGCACCUGUCUAUGAGAAUUUGAGGGCAGCAAAGCGAUUCUAUAAGCUUCUGAUGCUACCAUCAUGAUGUUGAAUCUAUCUUCAAGGUCUUUGAAGCCCAGGCCACACACCCAUGUUUUUUUGGGUUCAGCAACUCAUCCCAACUCACCCAAUCUAUUCUGUUUGCCAGUUUGUGUCAUGCUGCCAUCC